ACUCGCGGAGUAUUUUGACCAGAAUUAUUGUACAUAUUGAGUGCAUUAGACGGAAUAUUCAAUAUGCGGAUAUCAAAUAAACGUUAAUGUUAUCAUUAUACUUAUAUAAUAAAUAAAAAGUUCCUUUAUUUUUUUUCAGAUUUUUUUCCAACAAGUGUUUCCAUAGCAACUUUUCUAUUGAAAUCUUACAGCCAACAAUAGCCAACAAUCAAAGACAUAUGAGACCCAGGCACACAAACAUGAUUGAAACAGAUGUGUAUUAAAGUACAAUGGAUUCCCUGGAAGCUUACUGGACCUAUUUAGUGAGCUGCUCUCAGUCCUUAAUACAGGAUCAUGGCUACUGGACAUUGGAAGGUCAGAAAGGCAGGAGUCUUCAAGACAUUGUAAUGGUCAAACUGAGCCGCUUGCUUUUGAAGAAUCUAGAUCAGAUCGGAUCAUGCAGAUCACUUAGGAUUUGCAUCUUGGCUGACAACUUCCUGACCAGGAUUGAAGCUGUAAUGGAGUGCGCAUGCUUGGUUAAGUUAGAUCUGAAAGGAAAUCAGAUUGUCCAGCUCCCUGACGCUUCAUGUUGGAGUCAACUCAAAGAAUUACAACUCCUUUAUCUCCAUGACAACAACAUGGCAAGCUGGAAUAAUAUUAAUGGCCUGUCUGGCUGUUUAAACCUGACCGCAUUAACUCUCUUUGAUAGUCCACUCAGCUUAAAGAAGAACUACAGGCACUGCGUGGUCAACAACAUAUUGUCACUGAAGGCCCUGGACAACUAUGUUAUCUCAGAUGAGGAAAUCAUCCAGAACUGGUCUCUUCCCUUUCAAUUUAAAGCAAUGAAACCACACUUUCAUGUCAAUCUGUAUUCAUCAAAGCAGGACUCAUUUGAGACACAGAUCAAAGCCGUGUAUAGGGUAUUCGCUGAGAUCAACAGGAUUCAGGCUUUUUAUUGCCCUACACUUAUCAUACAGCGCUGGAUUCGGGGCCAUUUAAUUAGAAAAAGUCUUGGUCUUUGUAGUACAAAGAAGGAAGGGGCUGAGAAAUCAAUCAUUUCCACCCGAAAUAUAAGUGCAGAAACGAAGCAGGUAUCACAACAAUCUUUGAAAGUCUUGGAAGUGAUCACCAGGAACCCCAGUCAGCUGUCAAAGGAACUGCUGAAGACAGAUGUGCUGUUCAAAACGCUGCAUGUAAACUUAAACAGACUGAUGCAAGCUGGCGACCCAGAGGUUUCAUGUAAGGCUACAAUUGCUUAUACAUAUAACAGCCAGCUUGACAAGACUUCACCAUACAGCACCCCUCAACAAAGUUUGAAAUCUCAAGUCUAUCUUAACUUAUGUGACCAAGGUAAAGGAAAUGCCACAUUACCUAAUGAUAAGGCAUUAAAGACUGAUUUGGUUUAUUUUGGCUUUGUUUAUCUAGCUGCCAGUGGGCAUGCUGAUGUUGAAGUUGAGGAAAGAACAUUUCAUGUUGUUGGAAUGAAGGUCCACCAGACAAUACCACAGAGUGACACAAUACAACACCGUAAAGCUGUGGUACAAGACAUCCGUGACACCAUCAACCACCUCCACACCCAGAGGCCUGGACUGCCCACUAUACCACAGCCUCACUCACCUGCCAUUCAUUCAGCUAAGUAUCUGAUUAAUCGCUGCCAUGACACCAUCAGCUUUACCCCAUUUGAACUCAUUGAAAAGGGCCGUCGAGCACAUGAGAAGGCUGAGAUGCAGAGACACCUUGCCGAGAAGGUGACCGAGCGGCAGAUUGACCGUGAGGUUGCCAAGGGUCACCGAAAUGAGCUUAUGGCAGCUCGGACGACAGAAGCACGCCUUCGCAAGGACCAGGACCGGGGAGACAUGGUGAAAGCUUUUACUUUACAGCGAGCCAGGAGUGACCAGGACGUCCAGAAGGCACGUCAUAAACACACCCAGUUCUUGGAGGAGAAGAGGCAUAGAAUACAAGAUCAGGAGAUGGUUUGCAGCUUCAGCAGACAGCACAACUCCCUAGCCAGGGUUGUUUUUAGAUACAACACAUGGAGCCAAGGAAACUACCAAUAGAAGGAUGAAAGGGUCAUGUUGAGCAUUUAACAAGCCAAGUCACAGAAGUACACAGUCAAGAUGGAAAUUUUACAUGAAACUGUAAACACAAUUGAAAAUGACAUUUGUGGACACAUCUAAAUGAGCUUAUGGUGCCUGUUAUUAUGAAAAGAC